GACUCCCCUUCUGCACCACCACUUCUGCGGAAAAGCUGAACUCAGGAGGAGCAUACACAUUCCAGUUCGUGUUUCCACCUCUCUAACUGAACGACUCAAGAUGUCCACCAAGGAGAAGCUAAUCAGCCAUGUGAUGAAAGAGGAGCCUGUUGGCAGCAGGAACAAGGUGACGGUGGUGGGGGUCGGCAUGGUGGGCAUGGCCUCUGCCAUCAGCAUACUGCUCAAGGACUUGUGUGAUGAGCUGGCCAUGGUUGAUGUGAUGGAGGACAAGCUGAAGGGUGAGGUCAUGGACCUGCAGCACGGAUCCCUCUUCCUCAAGACAAAGAUUGUGGGAGACAAAGACUACAGUGUGACAGCCAACUCCAAAGUGGUGGUGGUGACAGCUGGAGCCCGUCAGCAGGAGGGCGAGAGCCGUCUGAACCUUGUGCAGCGCAACGUCAACAUCUUCAAGUUCAUCAUCCCAAACAUCGUCAAGUACAGCCCCAACUGCAUCUUGAUGGUGGUGUCUAACCCAGUGGACAUCCUGACCUAUGUGGCCUGGAAGCUGAGUGGUUUCCCCCGUCACCGCGUCAUUGGCUCUGGCACCAACCUGGACUCCGCCCGUUUCCGCCACCUCAUUGGAGAGAAGCUCCACCUCCACCCUUCCAGCUGCCACGCCUGGAUCGUCGGAGAACAUGGAGACUCCAGUGUGCCUGUUUGGAGCGGUGUGAAUGUUGCUGGAGUGUCUCUGCAGGGUCUGAACCCACAGAUGGGGACUGAGGGUGACGGUGAGAACUGGAAGGCUAUUCACAAAGAGGUGGUUGAUGGGGCCUAUGAGGUUAUUAAGCUGAAGGGCUACACCUCCUGGGCCAUUGGCAUGUCUGUAGCUGACCUGGUGGAGAGCAUCAUUAAGAACAUGCACAAAGUCCACCCUGUGUCAACACUGGUCCAGGGCAUGCAUGGAGUGAAGGAUGAGGUGUUCCUGAGCGUCCCUUGUGUCCUGGGCAACAGUGGCCUGACAGAUGUGAUUCACAUGACCCUGAAGGCCGAAGAGGAGAAGCAGCUGCAGAAGAGCGCCGAGACCCUGUGGGGUGUACAGAAGGAGCUCACCCUGUGAAGAGCCUUCCUCUGAAGCCACUCUGACUCCCUCCUCCUGUACCUCCUUUGCCCCUUACCACAACAGGCGAAUGAAACCUCUGAAUGUCUAAAAAGGCCAAGUGUGUGUGUGUGUGUGUGUGUGUGUGUGUGUGUGUGUAGCUAAACCAGUGGAGGCUAGAUUCUAACUUGAGAUAUUAAAACAUGGGUGUCAUUUCCCUUACAGCGUCCUGCCUCCAUGACUGAAAAUGUGGAAACCCAACUGGUAUUUUACCCCUUCGAGCUUAGCCUGUGUUGGAGGGUGUAUCUGUUGUUGUCCUCCUAUCUACCUGUUGUUGUUGUCCUGUCUACACAAGAAAAGUGUGGCCUCUACAUUGUAAGCGUAAACACUCCUAUGUACUGCAAUGUUUCUGUGCACCGUUACUGCUUCUCUCUGCACUCCUUGUCUGUAGUUUGUAUUUAUUCUGUGUGUUCUGUGAUUGUUGCCAGUUGUUUUUUUCCACUUGGUCAUCUCUUUAUUUUGUAUUUGGAGUCUAAUGGAGACAUUCCAUUCACUAUGAGGAGAGCUUCCUACUUAGUCGUCAUAAUGCUGCUGCUGCACAUAUCAAUGUGAUACCUUGAGUAAUCAAUGCUACGUUUACUGGUUGGCAAAUUGAAGCCUUUGUUAACCACAAGUGCACUGACAGAAACAUAUUUUAAAAGUCAAGGUUCAAGAUGCUGGUUAGAAAGGAGAAUUAGAAUGGCUGCCAACAAAGUGACUUAAUUUAACUCAUUAAGCGAUAACAGAGAACCAAACGGGAAAGAGUCUGCUACAAUCAUGGCCUAGAGUCAGGUUAUGAAUCAUAACAGAAACUAAUGAUCUUGGAAGGUGUUUGUUUGCACAUAAAUACCAUAAAGGGUUUUGUAUUUAUUUGACUUCACUCUGGUAAGAGAAAAAUGACGGUAUUAUUUAUAAUUAAUAUGUUUAGGAUCUAUUCAUGUUACAACCUUCACUGAAGAAUUGUACCUGUCAUGGCAGCUAGAUAUUGAUUAUUUUUUGCUUUAACAUUGAAUAAAUCUGCCUGGAUAGUGAAA